UCUACGACUUCACUUCACAAAGCUUCUUCCUUUAUCCCUAUCCAAACAGAUGGACCGCUUCUCUCUUCUCUUCCUCCUCCUCUCCACCUUCGUUGCUUCCGCCGUCGCUACCUAUGUUGUCUCCGCCGUCGUAUACGACUUUAAUAGCGACGAAGAUCCCCUCAUCCGUCAAGUAGUUCCCGAUGGUGGCGUUGAGCAAGAGACAGAUAACCACCUCUUGAACGCCGAGCACCACUUCACGCUGUUCAAGUCCAAGUACGGGAAAACCUACGCCACCCAGGAGGAACACGAUUACCGAAUGGGAGUCUUCAAGGCUAAUCUGCUACGGGCCAAGCGUAAUGCGCUCCUGGACCCCAGUGCCGUCCACGGCGUCACUAAGUUCUCUGAUUUGACUCCAUCGGAGUUCCGCCAACAGUUCCUUGGCUUGAAACCGCUCAAGCUCCCAGCCGAUGCUCAAAAGGCUCCCAUCCUUCCGACUGACAACCUACCGGAGGACUUUGACUGGCGCGACCACGGCGCCGUCACCGGCGUUAAAGACCAGGGCUCGUGUGGAUCGUGCUGGUCGUUUAGCGCGGUAGGUGCUUUGGAGGGAGCCAAUUAUUUGUCGACAGGGGAGCUUGUAAGCUUGAGUGAGCAGCAGCUUGUUGACUGUGAUCACGAGUGUGAUCCAGAGCAAUAUGGGGCGUGUGACUCGGGGUGUAAUGGUGGGCUGAUGACCUCGGCCUUUGAGUACACUCUUAAGGCUGGUGGACUUGAGAGAGAGGAGGAUUAUCCUUACACCGGGAACGACCGUGGUCCCUGCAAAUUUGACAAGACCAAAAUUGCCGCUUCUGUUUCCAACUUCAGUGUCGUUUCCGUCGACGAGGAUCAAAUCGCUGCCAAUUUGGUGAAGCACGGUCCACUUGCAGUGGGUAUCAAUGCAGCUUUCAUGCAGACAUACAUGGGAGGAGUUUCUUGCCCGUACAUUUGUUUCAGAAGUUUGGAUCACGGAGUUCUUCUGGUAGGGUAUGGAGCUGAAGGUUAUGCACCGAUCCGGUUCAAGAACAAGCCGUAUUGGAUCAUAAAGAAUUCAUGGGGAGCAAACUGGGGAGAGGACGGGUAUUACAGGAUCUGCAGAGGUCGCAAUGUUUGUGGAGUGGACUCCAUGGUCUCAACUGUGGCCGCCUUGCAUACAAAGUCACAGUAGUGCAUUUGCCUUGUAAAUGAAUGAAGUCACGGUAAUAUCAGUAUGCC